AUGAAGCAACUGAGAAGGAAUUUGUUGUUUAAGGCAAACCCAAUGCCAAGCUUCUACCAGGAGGGACCUCCACUUAAAGCUGAAUUGAAAAAACCACCACCAACGCGUGCAAAAUCACCGAAGUUUGGCAGAAGGAAAAGUUGUAGUGACACACUUGGCUUGGAUAAAGGUGUUGGAGCUUAUGACCAAGGAAGUAAAAACGCAAAUACCACCUUUGCUUCUAGAAAUAGUAAAGACUGUCCUAAUAUCCAAAGAGGUUCUGUUACUUACAACUUGAAUGAGUCCAAUCAUGGAGGGGAGACAAUUGAGCCAUAUAUGGCUAAGAUGCAAGAAGAAAUGAAUAUGGAUAAUAUCCUAUAUUCUUGA